UUCAAGGGACCAAGGUUAGAGAAGGAGUGAAGGAAAUUUUGUAAUCUUUUUUGAAUAUGAUGAUAUGAGUAGUUGAAAUUGAUUGUAUAGGUUCCAAUGUCAUAGAUAUACUUGGGAAUUUCUUUGAAUCAAUUCAGUCGAAAAGUGUUUGAUUUUUGAAACUACUAAUCAAUUUCUUGUAAUUUUCUUUUUUAUGAGCAGUGGCUGCUCUCCAGGACCUAUACAGAACCUUGAACUACCCACCAGAGCUUCAAGGAUGGAAUGGUAGUGAUCCUUGUGUAUAACUGAUGGACUGGGACACCAGGCUCAAAAUUGCGAUUGGAUCAGCCAAAGGACUUGCUUAUUUACAUGAGGAUUGUCACCCUCGCAUCAUUCACCGAGACAUAAAGGGUGCAAACAUUCUAAUUGAAAACAACUUUGAUGCCAAAGUGGCAGAUUUUGGAUUGGCAAAGUUUAAUCAAGACACUAACACAUGUUUCUACUUGUGUGAUGGGAACAUUUGGGUAAAAUACUAAUAAACCAAACAAUUCACAAAGUUUUAUAUCAUUAUAUGUGUAUGUUUCUGUCUGCUAAUACCAAAUUGGUCUAAUCACUUGGUUUCUUAUUCAGGUAUUUGGC